CGCGCGGGGCGCACGCAGCCGCCGGGCCCGGGGCGCACCGGGCGCUCGGAGCUGCCGUCCCCGGGGCGCUGCCCCCCGCCGUUUGCACCCCCCGAGCAGGCGCCGGCGGACCCCCAGGAUGGCGGAGGCUCACCAGGCCGUGGCCUUCCAGUUCACCGUCACCCCCGAGGGCUUUGACUUCCACCUCGGCCGCGAGGCCCUCAGGCAGCUCUACCUCUCCGGCGUCUACUCGUGGAAGAAGCGCUUCGUCUGCGCCAAGAACAGCUUCCUGAGUGGGGUCUACCCGGCGUCGCCCUCCAGCUGGGUGGUGGUGGUCAUGGCCACCGCCGGCUCCUUCUACUGCCGGAUCGACCCCUCCAUGGGCAUGAUCGCCCGCAUCCGCCACUACCUGCCGGGCAGCCGCUUCCUGAGCCUCCAGGGCCGGACCGUGGUGAGCGCCGCGCUCUUCUCCACCGGCGUCUGGCUCUCGGCCGUCCUGCUCUUCCGGCGCACCCUGAAGCUGCUGCUCUCCUACCACGGCUGGAUGUUCGAGCCCCACGGCAGGAUGAGCCGCAGCACCAAGAUCUGGGCGGCGCUGGUGAAGGUGCUCUCUGGCCGCAAGCCCCUGCUCUACAGCUUCCAGACCUCCCUGCCCAAGCUCCCCGUGCCCCCCGUGGAGGCCACCAUCGCCAGGUACCUGGAGUCCGUGCACCCACUGAUGGACGAGGAGAAGUACCAGAGGAUGGAGGCUCUGGCCAAGGAGUUCAAGGAGAAGACGGCGCCCCGGCUGCAGAAGUACCUGAUCUUCAAGUCCUGGUGGACCACCAACUACGUGAGCGACUGGUGGGAAGAGUACAUCUACCUGCGGGGCCGCAGCCCGCUCAUGGUCAACAGCAACUACUACGCCAUGGAUCUCCUGUACGUGACGCCGAGCCGCGUGCAGGCCGCCCGGGCGGGCAACGCGGUGCACGCGAUGCUGCUGUACCGCCGCAAGCUGGACCGCGGCGAGCUGCCCCCCGUGAUGGCCCUGGGCAUGGUGCCCAUGUGCUCCAACCAGAUGGAGAGGAUGUUCAACACGACCCGCGUCCCCGGGAAGGAAUCGGACGCGCUGCUGCACCUGCUGAACAGCAGGCACCUGGCCGUGUACCACAAGGGCCGCUUCUACAAGGUCUGGCUCUUCCACGGCGGCUCGCUGCUCCGGCCCCGCGACCUGCAGAUGCAGUUCCAGCGCAUCCUGGACGACCCGUCGCCCCCGCAGCCCGGCGAGCAGCGGCUCGCGGCCCUCACCGCCGGCGAGAGGGUGCCCUGGGCCGAGGCUCGGGCCAGGUUCUUCGGCUGCGGGAGGAACAAGACCUCCCUGGACGCCGUCGAGCGGGCGGCCUUCUUCCUGACGCUGGACGAGGAGGCGCACGGCUACGCCCCGGACAAGGCGGACUGCAUGGACACCUACGCCAAGUCCCUGCUGCACGGGAAGUGCUACGACCGCUGGUUCGACAAGUCCUUCACCCUGGUCGUCUACAAGAACGGCAAGCUGGGUGCCAACGCUGAGCACUCGUGGGCCGACGCGCCCAUCAUCGGGCAUCUCUGGGAGUUCGUGCUGGGGACAGACCGAUUCCAGCUGGGUUACGAUGACGGGGGCCACUGCCACGGCGAGCCCAACACGCAGCUGGCGCCCCCCCAGCGCCUCCAGUGGGACAUCCCCCAGGAGUGCCAGGACAUCAUCGAGAGGUCCUACCGCGUGGCCAAGGCGCUAGCGGACGACGUGGACUUCUGCUGCUUCCAGUUCUCCCAGUUUGGGAAGGGUCUGAUCAAGCGGUGCCGGACCAGCCCCGAUGCCUUCAUCCAGAUCUCCCUGCAGCUGGCCCACUUCCGUGACAAGGGCUGCUUCUGCCUCACCUACGAGGCGUCCAUGACGCGGCUCUUCCGAGAGGGCCGCACGGAGACGGUGAGGUCCUGCACCGCCGAGUCGACAGCCUUUGUGCGGAGCAUGGGGGACACCAGGCAGAGCCGGGCCGAGCGCCAGCGGCUCUUCAAGCUGGCGGCCAACAAGCACCAGCACAUGUACCGCAUGGCCAUGACCGGGGCCGGCAUCGACCGGCACCUCUUCUGCCUCUACGUGGUGUCCCGCUACCUGGGGGUGCAGUCACCCUUCUUGGCGCAGGUGCUGUCCGAGCCCUGGCGCCUCUCCACCAGCCAGACCCCCCAGCAGCAGCUCAAGAUGUUCGACUUGAACAAGUACCCGGACCACAUCUCCACCGGCGGCGGCUUCGGCCCGGUCGCUGACGACGGCUACGGCGUCUCCUACAUCAUCUCCGGCGAGAACCUCAUCACCUUCCACGUGUCCAGCAAGCACUCCAGCGCCGAGACGGACUCCAAGCGCUUUGCCGCGAACAUCCGCCAGGCCAUGCUGGACGUCGCCGAGCUCUUCGACGUGCCGCCGCAGACAGAGGGCAAGUGAGGCUGCGGGCACCCCCUGCCCGGCACCAGCACCAGCCACCAGCACCAAUACCAGCACCGGCACCGGCACCAGCACCAGCACCAUGCACCAACCCGGGCAGCGGCAGCGGGCAGCGGCAGCGGGCUCGGGGCCGGAGCCACGGGGACCCUGCGGGGCGGCUGCACGCGCGGGCGCCCGGGCGAGCGCAGCGCGGGGUCCGGGGCCGUCUGUACCUGCGAAUGCUCCCCAUAAAGGUUGCUUGUGCCAUGCCA